AGCGGGUGUUUUUGGUUGUAGCUAUUCCUGUUGAGUAAUGCAAUUCCAACACAAGUAACUUUAGCGGGACAGGAGAAGCUUUACAGCUGGAUAUUAGAAGAAAGCCCGCUUAUUUAAGAAAUGAAAGUUAUGUUGAUUUGAGUUAAACAACGUACCACCAGUAAGUCUGUGCAAUUAGAGAUACUGUACGUUGGUAUAGACAACUUUAUCUUCUUACGUUACGUAGGAAACGCUGAAGAAGAUGGAAGUUGAAUGUCUAGCUUUGAGAGAUCUCAUCAGUCCAAAGAAGAGCAAAGCAGACAUGGAGGAAGUUGGAGGCAGAAAUGAUCAGAAGGAGAACAGAUGUGUGGAGCGAAGAAGAACCACCCCUCACAAGAUGGACACCACGGCCACCAUGCUGCUGUACGGCAGUAAGCCUCCCACCCCGGAACACCUCCAUAGCACCCCUGUUAAGCCUUCUGAGUGGGGGGCACCUCCUCACGCGGACCCCUGGACCCCCACUGCCAACCUCAGGAUGCUCAUCAGUGCUGCCAGCCCUGACAUCCGCGACAGAGAGAUGAAGAAGGUUCUGUUUAGGCCCAUUGAGAAUGAGAGAGCAGUGGAGGAUGUCGAGGUGGAUGGCCCGUGCCAGUUUGAUGUGGUGGACGAGGAGGAGGAAGAGGGGGAAAGGAAGCCCAGCAGGAAGCAGAAGAGCCUGGGCCUGCUGUGCCAGAAGUUCCUGGCCCUGUAUCCGGACUAUCCAACCUCUGACACCAUCAGUAUCUCAUUGGAUGAGGUGUCUACCAGCCUGGGGGUGGAGCGGCGGCGAAUCUACGACAUCAUAAACGUCCUGGAGUCUCUGAUGAUCGUAGGGCGUGUAGCUAAGAACCAGUACGUGUGGUACGGGCGGCGGCGCCUGGGGUCCACCCUGGCCGAGCUGCAGGGGAUGGGCAGGCAGCAGCGCUACCACCUGCACAUGGAGCAGGCCGGGGAGGGCGGUCACAGAGAGGGAGCCACCACACACACCCCAGAGGGAGGGGAAGGAGACUCCAGCUGUGCGGCCGCCAGCACCAGGAAAGACAAGUCCCUACGCAUCAUGAGUCAGAAGUUUGUCAUGCUCUUCCUGGUGUCCAGGACCCAGACGGUCACUCUGGACGUGGCUGCCAAAAUCCUCAUCGAGGAAAGCCAGGACCCCGCCAGCCACAGCAAGUACAAAACUAAGGUGCGGCGGCUGUAUGACAUCGCCAACGUCCUGACGAGUCUGGGAUUGAUCAAGAAGGUCCACGUCCGGGAGGAGAGGGGGAGGAAGCCUGCGUUCAAAUGGAUCGGCCCGGCAGACUUCCACAGCAGCCAUGAGGACUCGAAAGCUGUGGCAGCCAUCGCUCUUCCGGGUGGCAGGAAACAGAAGCUGGCACGCCAUGCCUCCUUCAGUGUGGUGCCCACCUCUGUGGCCAGCCAACGCCGUGUCAACUCGGCGCCCAGCAGCCCACGCAGAGAGGUCACGGGUCUGCUUCCCCAGUCAGUGGACUAUUCCAGAAGGUGUGUGAGCAGCAGCGCGGUGUGCCGGCUGCAGUUUGGAACCACUGUUACAGGUGUCUCCCACCCCAGCGGCGGACUUCAGAGCCUCACCCACAGUGACGGCAACUCCCUGCUCUGCUCCCCGGGUCUAGCCCCCCUGGCCGUGCCCGUCCACCCAGAGGGUUCAUACGUGGGACCCCUGUCCCCACAACCCCCAUUUCCCCCCCAUCCCCACCACAUGGCCUAUCUACCCAGCCUGUCCCAGGCCUCGGUGGUCAUGCUGUACGGAGGUCCGGCGGCGCAGGAUGGGCUUGACUGCUUUACGGCAGAAGUUCAAAGGUCACCGGGGUCAGGGUCCAGAGAGAGCAUCCUGGGGAAGAGGAAGCAGGAUGAAGGGGUGGAGGAGAAGAGGGAGUCGCCUGAGACGGAGCUAUCUGAUAGGAGGAGGAAUGUGGAGGGAAACAGCUGUCAGAUGACCACCAGCCCAAGGACCAGCUCCCUGGGGCAUCCAGGGCAUCCAGGGGGGCUCGUCAGGGAAGAGGCCCCAUUGAGAGUCCUCAGAGACGGGGAGGUGGGCAGACAGAGCCCCCACAACAACCUGGUCCAGCCUUCACACUACCUCUAUGUGCCUAACUCUGCAGGUCUCAACAGUCUCAACUUCCUCCUCUCUGCUGGUCAGACGACAGGCGGCCUGACUCUACCUGCUGGCACCCUGCCCUAUGUCCUCGUGUCCUCCUCCACCCUCUCCCCCUACCCACUCAUGGCCAACAGGGGCGAUGCUAAUCUCAAUUUCAACAUGUCUGCCAUGAUGUCCCCCGCCUGCUUCGUGUUGGGAUCCGCCGGGCCCUACGCAGUGGCCGGAGCCCCGGAGUUCAAUGGGGUGGCAGUGGCGCCGGCCCUCUCCAGUCCAGAGCAGCACAGGCUGUUCGGGUCGGCACCCAUACCUCCACAUUCUCCCUUGGAGUCCAGGCCGCCUCUGACCUUCAUCCAGACAGAGACACAGACACCACAGACUCCCAAGGAGGCGGCAGCUGGCGGUGGCUCCAAGGCCUUCUUCCAGACGCCGGGGACCCUGGGAACGGCCACCACAACCCCCGUGGCCCGCCGACGAGGCUCCGCCCAGAGGAGGCUGGACAUCGGCCAACCACUGACCAAUUAGAAGUCUGGGGACCUUUUAGAGUGGGCGUGGCUGUUAGUUAUAACCUGAAAGGCUGCCUAGUGGCCCGAGAGGAAUGGACAAAUGUUUCUCUCCGGCUAAACGUGCUCUGACUGCGCUGGCUCUGGCUUUACUCCCCACUGACUCUCAGGGUUUCUUCUGUAUGACCUGUUGGUUUCAUACCACUGGUGCUUCGCCUUAUUACUAGUGAAUGAAUGCUAGUCUAUACGAUUCCUCCUUUAAGUGCCUCAUCAUGUAGGGCGAAGUUGCCCCUAGACUCUGAUUUUGGGCCAGUUUGCAUUUUCCCCACUAAUGGUUAAGGUUAGGAUUGGGGGAAGGGAAGCUGAUCCUAGGGGAAACUUCACCCUUGACUUCCUCAUGAUUGGACUGUGGGACACCGAUAACUAUCAGAGGACUCCAGGAAGCAGUGUUGUCUUUUGUUUUAGUGCCCUCCUGUGGUGGGAGUUAGGUACCUCUCAUAUUUAUUUUUCUAGUGUAUCUUCCAUAGAAAGAUUGAGCUACCUUGGUAAUCGCUCCACCCAUUACUUUAUUAUAUCUCAACGUUAUUUAUAUAUUAACUAAUAUAUCUGUUGACUAUUGGGACUGUUGAGUAGCAAUUCUGAUGAUGUUACUCUACUUUUAGCACUAAGUAUUUAAGAAUAUACGUCUGAUUUGAGAGUUUCGCUGGCUCCGUAGGGAUUGGGUAAAAACGGUAUCUGAUUUUGAGAGUGUCGCUGGCUCCGUAGGGAUUGGGUAAAAACGGUAUCUGAUUUUGAGAGUGACGCUGGCUCCGUAGGGAUUGGGUAAAAACGGUAUCUGAUUUUUGAGAGUGUCGCUGGCUCCGUAGGGAUUGGGUAAAAACGGUAUCUGAUUUGAGAGUGUCGCUGGCUCCGUAGGGAUUGGGUAAAAACGGUAUCUGAUUUGAGAGUGUCGCUGGCUCCGUAGGGAUUGGGUAAAAACGGUAUCCGUAGGAAAAGGGAAAACAGUUGAUCAUAGGUGAAUGAUAUCUGUGGGAGCGGAAAGGUUUCCCAUGAAGACACAUUUCAGAAGCUGGUGUUGGUAAUAAGUCAUGAUGUAGAAGAGAUAUCGAUACGCUUCUCGGUUGCACUUCUAGCGUGUUACUGACCUGGCUCCAAGAGAGGUUUAAAAACCACUGCUUUUCACUGUGCAAAUUAGGUCUUAACUUAACUCAAACUAUAUUUUGCUAUGUGUUUCAUUAGUCCAUUGUUGAUAUAGUCCAAAAAUGUUUUGGGUGGAGUUUUCCUAAGCAGUCACAGCAACACAUUGGUGAGCGUAAGGCCUACAAAAUGGCUGCCAAGGUUUUUGGUACAAAGACUGGCAUCUUGGCCACUCCAAAGGGUUAUGUAUUUUUACAACACUAAUGUGGUUUACAGGUUUCCAAUUGUUGGGCUUUAAGAAUGAUCCCAAAUACCAGCAUCGCUCUCUGUCAAUGUGUAUGUGCUUACGCCACCGCAUGCAAGGUGAAAACUAAAUGUGAAAUGAUUUGAUGAUGUUACAAGAUACUUGAAUUACUUAGUUAUCCAGCGGUAUACACUGGAGACUAGAGAGAAAUAUCAAAGUACUGUAUUUAAUGCAUUAAAUGACGUGCAUUAGAGUUUGGCCUCUGGAAUAUUUUGGGGGGGAGUAAUUGAGGAAAAGUUACAUUACACCAAAGGGUGCUGAUCAUCUACUUGAACUGUAGAACACAGGAGGUUGGUGGCACCUUAAUUGGGGAGGACGGGCUCAUGCUAAUGACUGGAGCGGUAUCAAAUACAGCACACAUGGCUUACAUGUGUUUGAUGCCAUUCCAUUUGCUCCGUUCAGGCCGUUAUUAUGAGCCGUCCCCGUCAGCGGCCUCCACUGCUGUAGAUGUGUUGUUCAUGUACACAAAUCUUUCUUUUUUUUAACCAGUAAUUAUUUUUGUAUAUUGUAUUCAUAUGUUUUUAAUUAUUACUUCAAAACCUUGAAAUGUUUAAUUUAAUGCUGCUUCUUAUCAUAAAAUAAUAAUUGCACUGCUAGUUUCUGUAGUUAUCUGUCCGCUGCUUUGUAGGAAACCUUUUCUAACAUUACAACACAUAGUUAUUUUCACAGUGCUUACUACUAGCUGUGUGUAUGUUAUGGGACAAACAGUUUCUUUCUCUAGACAUCCACAACCUUUGUAAUAAAAAA